AUUUCAUGCAUUCAUACUAAACUGAAUUUGUAAAUGAAGGUAUUUUAUUUCUUUUAAGUUAACUUAAAAGAAAAAAUACUCUUGUCUCUUCCAAAGUAAAACGGUAUUACCGCAAAACGGAGGUAUUCUUCUAUCUACAAAUUGAUAUAAAGACACGUCGCAACGUAGCCGAGAUAUUUGGAAAUUUGGUUUGAUCAAUAUUAAAUAAAGAAAUAAAAGUAAAGAAGAUAUUCUUAGACAAUGAACGACAGCGAGCUAGACUGCUUAAAAACAGAAUUGGAACAUGAAAAAAACUGCAGAGAAACAGCAUCAUGGCAGAAUGGUGAGCUAGAAAAACAAAUCGUUUGUAUUCAAGAGGAUUUGCGCAAAGUUGAUUACCCUUGGGACUUCGAUAACGAUUUGCAGAAAGAAAGCGCAAGGCACCGACAGUUACUGGAAGCCAUCGAAACUUUGCGUGAACAACUCCCAUUCCUGAGAGAAAAAAUAAAAAAUGCUAAAGGUUGUGGACCAGAUUGCAAGCUUAAGCAUGAUGACCUAAAUAUAAAUUUAGAUAUUCUAACUCCGGCGGAGUUACUGCGUACGGUUAAACGUUUUGAAAGAUUAAAGACUGAUCUCGUGAGCACUUUGCGCAGUAAGGAGUGGAGGCUGGAUUCGGAAUCUAAGUUAUUCGUGAGAGUCAACGAUCAACGCACGUAUUUGCAGAACGAGUUGAUGAUUUGUCAAAACAACAUUUCGCGCCUUCAGAGAAACGGAGCGUAUUGGCAAAAUAUUCCGCGCAAAUACGACGAAAGAGUACUCGAUCCAAAACGUGGACCGAUCAAGAAAAUAUUCUGCAACGAUCGUCUGCCACCUAUCGUCACUUAACUUGUCGUCUACACAUUCUUUAAUAUUAAUUAGCACUUCA